GCAUCGCAGCACUUUCCGCACCCGUUUGGUUUCUUCAAGCUCGUGUGUGUGUGGUGUGCGGUGGUCCAGAGUUCCAUCUUACCCGGCAUCUCAAGUAAAGCUUCAAAAUUCCAAAUCUUAAGCUUUUGAAGUCUGCAAUGAAGGGUGGCUCCUAGGUUAUCCCGCGUGGUCUGAGAUUUUCUUUGAGGGGUGCAAGCUAGAAGAUAACAUGGAAGUUGCAUCGGAGGUGGGAACUCCCACCAAAGAGAAUAAUGUGACCAAAGAAAAGACAGAGAAAAAUGAAGCUAAUGAAGAAGUAAAAGUGGAAGAAAUGACAUCACGAGAUUAUUAUUUCGAUUCCUAUGCUCAUUUUGGUAUCCAUGAGGAAAUGUUAAAAGAUGAAGUUAGAACGCUUACUUAUAGGAAUUCAAUGUAUCACAACAAGCAUCUCUUCAAGGACAAAAUAGUUCUUGACAUUGGUUGUGGUACUGGCAUCUUAUCAAUGUUUGCAGCCAAAGCUGGAGCUGCCAAGGUCUUUGGAAUUGACUGUUCAAAUAUUGUUGAAUAUGCUAAAAAAAUUGUUGAUGCAAACGGUCUUAGUGACACAGUUACCAUUGUCAAGGGAAAGGUUGAGGAAGUGGAACUUCCAGAUGGUAUCACCAAAGUUGAUAUCAUUAUUUCAGAAUGGAUGGGCUACUGCCUUUUCUAUGAGUCGAUGUUGGAUACAGUAUUGUAUGCUAGAGACAAGUGGUUGCAACCAGAUGGUCUUAUGUUCCCUGAUAGAGCCACUCUCUUUGUCACUGGAAUUGAAGAUCGUCAGUACAAAGAUGAAAAAAUUAACUGGUGGGAUGAUGUUUACGGAUUUGACAUGAGCUCCAUUAGAAAGGUUGCGAUCAGUGAACCCCUAGUAGAUGUGGUUGAUCCAAAACAGGUUGUUACUAAUGCUUGUUUGAUCAAGGAAGUGGAUUUAUACACUGUUAAAAAGGAAGAUUUAGACUUCUCAUCACCUUUCCACCUCCAAGUGAGGCGGAAUGAUUAUGUUCAAGCUCUUGUGACAUACUUCACAAUUGAGUUUUCCAAAUGUCACAAGAGGACGGGCUUCAGCACUGCCCCAGAUGCGCAGUACACACAUUGGAAGCAAACUGUAUUUUAUUUUGAUGAGUACAUGACUGUGAAGAAGAAUGAUGAGAUAAGUGGUGUAUUCUCAAUGAAGCCCAAUGCACGGAAUAAUCGUGAUCUAGAUUUCACUGUUGAACUAGAUUUCAAAGGGGAAUGUGGUGAAAUGCAUGAAGUUAACCAUUAUCGCAUGCGCUGAAACUUUUAUCAUAGGUUUUGACGAUUGUGGAAACUGUUAGGAACGUAGCUGCAGCCUUAAUUCAUAAGAUCUGAGGUAAUGUUUGCUUACAAUUAGUACUUGUUUUGUAAGCAACAAUUCUUUUGAUAUGUAUUCUGUGAAUUUUUUCUAUGUCCUAGCUGUUUUCAAAGCUUCACAUUUUAUACUUUAUAUUGUAAGUGUUUGCUAUGAAGAUCACUUGUAUUUUUUUUUUAAAUUUGGUCACUAAUGUGACAAUCUUAUUAAAUGUAAACGUACUAUA